CCUCGAUAGGGCAAAGCAAGCCAGGCGGCGAUCGAAACCGUGCCAAGGUUCCGCAGGUCUUUGCGGCGGGCCAGCCUGGUUGAAGUCUAGCUUGCCUGAAUUGGGUGGUUCGAUGGUUGGUGCUCGUGUUCCUAUGAAUCGAAUCGAGAACCUCGCUCCUCUCUGAGUGUUUCCUCACCUCACCCUCAAUUGACCCUUGACCUUUCCCAUCUCGGCGACCCUCAGUGACACCAACUUUCCUUCUUUCUCGCUUCGCCAACAUUACAGUCUGCUCGUCUCUGCUCGUAGGACUGCUCGCGUUUCGUCUUGUCCAUAACAGGGGAAAGGACACAUAGAAGUAGGCCGAAAACAAGAGAGAGGGGGAUACACUUCGGGCAACCAUGUCGACCCGUCGUGCGCCCAACAUCCCCGAGAUUCCGCCGUUUCGAGGCGCCGGACCAUUGCAGUCUCGAAACGCGCCCAAUCGACCGUCAACGUCGUCGGCAGAACACGAUGGCAAGGCGAUGGCGCCUCCUGCCCAGGGCAGCCAGAAUAGACGCGCCGACGCGCGGCAAGGGUCCUCUUCGUCGGGUAGAUCCGAGCGGGAGAGGCAGGCUGCCAAACAGCAACAGAAGGCACAGGCACCGGCGGAGCCUAGGCCGAGCUCACGGUUGGCCAGCGAGAAGAAGCGAGAUUACAAGGACCCUCCUUCGAUUGGACCGUGGCAGCUAGGCAAGCUCAUCGGGCAAGGUGCAAGCGGACGCGUUCGACACGCAAUCCACGCCAAUAAUGGCCAGCAAGCCGCCGUCAAGAUUGUCCCAAAGCAGAUUCUUGCAACGAGUCGGAUGAGCAUGCGCGACGUGAGCGCAAAGCAAGAGAAGAUGGUGUUGGGAAUCGAAAGGGAGAUUGUCAUCAUGAAGCUCAUCGAGCACCCCAACCUGCUCGGUCUCAUUGAUGUUUACGAGACGAGCAAAGAGCUCUACCUUGUCCUCGAAUACGUGGCUGGCGGCGAGCUCUUCGACUACCUCGUCUCGAAAGGCCGCUUGCGCACUGCAGAGGCUCGGUCCUACUUUCGCCAGAUUAUCUUCGGUCUCCAGUACUGUCACGGCUUCAACAUCUGCCAUCGCGAUCUCAAGCCCGAAAACUUGCUCCUCGACGCGACAAAGAAGAUUGUCAAGGUUGCCGACUUUGGCAUGGCGGCGCUGCAACCAAGUGAAAAGAUGCUCGAGACGAGCUGCGGCUCACCACACUACGCCUCGCCCGAGAUUGUCAGUGGCAAGAGCUACAAGGGCACAGCGAGCGAUAUUUGGAGCUGCGGCAUUAUCCUCUUUGCCUUGCUGUGUGGACGGCUGCCUUUCGACGACGCAAAUAUCCAAAACCUCCUGGCCAAAGUUAGGCUCGGUCGAUUCGACAUGCCCGAUCACCUCGAGCCCUUGGCGAAGAACCUUAUCUCUAAGAUGCUCGUUGUCGACCCAGAGCAGAGGAUCAAGAUGCAGGAUAUUGUCCGCCACCCAUGGUUCACCGACAAUGGCGUCAUGUCGAGCAGAAACCCUGUCACGACGAGCCUUGACAAAUUGGCUGGCGACCGAUUCGAUCGAAAGGCAUUGGAUCCGGACAUCUUGGCCAACCUCAAGACGCUGUGGUCCGAGUACUCCUGUGACGACAUUAUCGAACAGCUCACAAGCACGGGUCCGAACUGGCAAAAGACGUUCUACACCCUUCUCGUCCAGCACCGUGAAAAUUACUCCGGUGACGAGGACGAGGACGAUGAGGAUCUUCCCAUGCCAGCACAAAGCUCCUCAGCGGCAAAGAACAACAGCCUCGGUCUUUCUCUGGGCAUCGCGCAGCCACAACCAACCCCUGCGCAAGUCCCUCAAGUUGCUUCCGGCCGACCUCAGACCUCAUCACAAGCUUCCACAGCCCGUACCCGUCAGGCGGUCGACAGCGGCAGUAGAUCGGCAGCAAAAGGACACGUUCAGUCCCAGUCUGUAUCGCAAUCCCGUCCUAAGGCAGGACCACUGGCUGAGACGCUGGUCGCCCAUCGGCCGGCUCCUCCUUCGCCUGCCAGACCGCAGCAGCUCAUGGCUUCCUCUCCCAAUCCCUCGACGCCAAAGAAGCCCUCCCCACCGCGCCCAACGAGGGCAUCACUCGAUGCUCCGAGAUCCCCCAUGGGGCCCCGUCAGUCUCCAGCUGACCGUUCGCCUUCUCCAGCAGGACCUCGGGCUUCGCUGGACCAGGGCCGAAGAGGAUAUUCUAUUGACCACCCUCCCCCCUCACCUACUCGACGACCUCUUCCCUCGCCCACUCCAUCGCCAAUCAAGACAAUGCAGGCGCCAGCUCACGGCUUUGGUAGCCCAAUGCAUGCGCAACAGAGCCGCAUUCAGGCCCAAACAGCUGAGCGAUACAGCCCCCCGUCGCUUGAUCGUCGCGCGACCUCUCCAGCCGACCCUGUCGUAAGAGGUAGAAGUGGUACUGUGUCCACGUCGCCCUACCGUGUAAAUCAAUAUGAUGAUGGUCAAGUUCCAGGUACGCCCACCCGUACACGAGCUCGAUCAUCGUCAGUGGCCCAGGACUCCACGCCAAAGGCAGCGAUUCCUGUUCGGACCAAUUCUCGGUCAGGUGCGCCAUCGUCAAGCAAGCGUCCGAGCAGCGCCCUCGGCCACCGUGGCGCCGCCAGUGAGGCCGGACCACCGACGAUCAACAUACCACAAGUCGAGGAUCCGACGAUGCAACGCUUCUUUAAAGAAAUUGCAGAUGAACUCGCCAACAUCAAGGCUACGGGCGAGCGACCCGACUCGUUGCAGCUCAAGCUUGACCGACUCAAAGACUUUGCUGCGACGGCAAACCCCUCAACGGCCCGUCCCAGCCACUCUAGGCAAGCGAGCACCAAGGCCGUCAGGCGAGCACAGGACGAUCCUAUGGCGCAAUUUGAUGAUGCCGAAGAGGAGGACGCCGAUGUCCACAGCGUCCGCAGUGGCUCAGCCUCGGAUUCGAGUGGGUACCCGUACACGCCCACUUCGCCCAUGCCGCCCAUGAUGCCAUCACCUGGUCAGAAGAUGGAGCGUCUCGAAUCGGAGACGAAAUCGCGGCGACCAGCGUUGCUCGGCGGUCCUACAAGCCCGCGGCCGCCGAGUCUUUUCAGCAAUGCUACAUCUGCAAGCGGCGCCACAGGUACGAGCUCCACUCUGGGCCGAAAGAGAAGCUUGUUGCUCGGCAGACGCAAGAGUGUUCGCAAGGAGAGUUCCGACUACGGAUCAGAAUCGGGCCGGUCUUCGCUUGCAUACGAGAGGCUCCAAGAUGCGGGCGCUGCAACGCAGGAUCCGGUCGCGGUGCACGCCAAGCGCAUCGCUAACCUCACGCCGACGAAGCUGCAGCAGAAGAACCCUGGUUUGGGUCUUGACAUUGGCGGAGGAGCGGGUGGCUCGACGAUCGCAGCACCUUCCUCGAUCAAGUCGCCCAGCCUACACCAGGCUCCUCCGACGCCUUCCACCCCGGGAAGCGCGUCAUUCGCGGCUGUUGGCAACAGUCCAAAGCAGAGCUGGUUUGCCGGCCUGUUCAACUGGAAGCCAGCUACCUUCACCCUGAUGUCGACCGAGAACUUCUCGAUCACUCAUGCAGAAGUCAAACGGCUGCUGCAUUAUUCUGGUGCCCGCGUCUUCGUCGAAGACUCGGAGCACAUGGGCAUCCUCAAAUGCUCGUUGGCUGAGCUCAAAGAGGGUGGCAUGUCGACCUCGACAAAGCCCGUCCGAUUCCGGGUCGAGUUCAACAUCUUGCCCAUGUCGAGUGGCGGCGCAUCUCCCGCCAUCGGGAGCCGUCAGUCAGCCAUGGCCUCCCCGGCAUUGUCUAACAUCUCUUCGCCAUCUUACACCUCCUCCUCCUCGUCGUCAGGCAGGAACACGGCAAUGUAUGCCACGCAAGUGACGCUGAUCCAAGAGAAGGGUGCUCUUUCGAGCUUCAAGGCCGUCUAUCAUUCUCUGCGCAAGCAGUGGUCCCUCGACCUGGCCGCUUCAGGCAGCAGCGGUAGCGUGCCCAACAGCCCAGCUGCUUUCAAUGUCGGACUGGGCGUCGGCCCUGUUUCGAUGCGUUAGCCCGCAAAUACUCUCGCCCUCUUCAUCCUUUCCCCUCUUCCCGUCUCAUUGUUUCUGCAACCACCACCACAGUCUUUUCGUCCCAGAUACACUGCAUCAUCAAAGCAAAGCAAGAGGUAAUCAAUUCCUGUCGUUACUUGGUUAUAUCACCUUCCCUAGAGCUUUCCCCUUUCCCUGUUAAUUCUAGGAUCAAGAGACAGUUGCAAAAACGAUUUGCGGGAGUCCACAUC